GGACUACAAAUAGACUCCAAGGAACUUUUACAAAUCUGCCGCCGCCAACAAUGGAUCACGCAUGGCUGGAUUCUCUCUCAGAGGACUGGGUCUCUCAACACCCUUCGUCUGGCUCACCAGCGCCCUCUCUACCUUCCAUGGUUAACAGCAUAUCGUCCAGUACUCGCGCCACGUCGAGUCGCAUUCCCAGAUACAACCCACAGAAGCAAGCAUGGACAGCUGCAAACGAAGGAGCGAAUAGCCCAUUGAGUGAACGAAGUCUCAAUGAAAAUAAUGUGCCAUUGUCACAACGAUCGCAACGCCAGCCGUCAAAGCUCCGCGAAGUUACCAAUGGAGACAGAGGCCGUAGAUUAUCUCGCACACUCUCGGCGUCCACUACUCAUUCCGUUCAGUAUCACACCGUACAGCACAAGUCGCAUAGUCUUUCUCCGAGGAAAGAUAGCCAGGAAACACCAGAGUGGAGGCGGCGACUUAUACAUGGCGAGGUGGCAUAUGGAGAGCAGCGUGAUCUUUUCAGUGCAGCUGGCCUCGAAACAAUUUUUCAACCACCACCAGCAAACUCGCCAACUAAGCUACCAACGCGAGAGGACGACGAAGAUCACAGUGUCAUGCCAUCUAGCCCUCCUGUAUUCGAUUCUCAGGGCGUCAGUGUAGAAGGGGAGCAUCAUGAGGAGAGACCCGAGAGACAUCAGCAACCACGAACAAUGAAAUACAGGUUAGCCGACUCAGAUGGGAGCGAGUUCUCCGCAAAUGAUUUGAGCCGAGGUAGCAGCUUUCAGGUUACAGCUCGGUCAGUUCGAGGCAACGAAGAGAUGGACAUGCAAUCAGAGCCCCCCUCGGAAAUGGAAUCGUCGGUCUUACAAGACCGAAAUGUCACGAACUGGCCAAGCCGCACAGCGAGCGGCCAAAGUGAUGUUCGUAACGAGGAACUCAGCCCAAUUUUCAUAUCGAGACAUAACACAAUUGAUGGCAAAAUCGAUUAUGCAGCGCUGAAUCUUCCUGCGGAGGAAUUGCAGCGACGUCUCGAGAAUAUACGCGAGGAAAGUCCAGACCAAUCUGUAGCAGAUCAGCAAGAUAUUUCUGAGCAACAGGCCGAUAUGACCGUUGAGACAGAGGAUUUCGCUCACAAUGGCCGUUUCGUCAAUCUUCGUAGAGGUGGCCAGUCUCAAGAAGGUUCUUUCCAGAGACGCAUGUUGAGUCCAUCGUCUCUCCCAGCCAUCGACGAGUCAGCAAUGUUACCAGAGGAAUCCAUGCAAGCGAGCACGCCAAAACAUUUGUCGAACAUAAAGAAAACCAGGUCGUCGAAUGAGUAUCAGAAGCUUCCACAAGCUCAAAAUUCACCGCCAAUACCCCAGACUCCAUCCACGAGCCCAAACAAGCCUAUCCAAAAGGAGCAGCAAAGCAGCUCCGGCAGUCCCUUGAAGCUAUUCGGCACGUAUGACACAUUUACCAACCAGAAGCUCCUUCGCAGGCUGAGCCAAUUUGAGGGUGAUUUUGAAGAUGCAGAAUCUACAGGUCCUGAAAACAACGAAGACUUUGUGCCUCAAUCCAGCGCAGAUCGUAUCUCUGAGAACAGUCAAGUUCAACAGCGUGCUUCAGCAAAGCUGAAUAGCUUCGGUCAAGGAGACCUAGAUGGCUUUCAGUUCAGCGAAGAGGUGUCGUACGACUCCAGCAGAUCGCAUGACCAGGAUGAAGAUAAGGAGAAUAUGUCUCUACCUUUGUUAGAUCCCGAAAGUCGGAACACAUUCAGGUUCCACCUCGAGCCUUCUCCUGCUCUUGAAGAGGAGGCUGGGAAAAGACUUCAAAGAACACCAUUGAAAGAUCCAACGCCAAAACGCCGCCGAACAUUGCAGAAAUUCGAAAACGAGACGAGUGAAGAAGACGAGUCUCUUGCACUUGAUUCUUUGCGGGAGACACACCAGCAAAUGCAAUCUGUUAUUGGAAGGAAACGAAAGGAUGCUAGGCACGGGGAUGACCAGCAGGCAGCAAAUCCAAAAGUGCUAGCUAUGCGCCAGAUACUUAGACCACGAACUCCAACACCCAGCCAGAGAAGUAGUCAACACGAGCGACCCCCUCUGGCGGAGAUUGACCCAUAUCUUGAACAAGCAAGAUUGCUACAGCUAGAGAAGAUUGCCAAAAUUCAAGCAGAACUCGAUACGCCCAAUGUUCUUAAAUUUUCUACAGCGUUCGGCAUCAGCCAGCAAAUGCAAAAUGAAAGUCGAAAGGGGUCGGUAACAACACAGGAUUUCUUAGAUGAAGCAAAGAAGAUAAUGGCCGGGAUUCGCGACAAGGUUAGACCUCGAAGCGGGCUUACGAGUUUAGAAGAGUCGGAAUCGGAGAAUGAUAAGAAUCAAUCUCCAGGAGUAGAGCAUACGGAAGCCGGGCUCGAAGAUUCGUAUCAAGAGUCAACCAAAGAGCCAUUUUCGAGACCUCCCAGUCGAGAUGGAAAACCAAUACCAAGGGUGCCUAUGAAGCAAGAAGAUCCCGUCCUUCUGGAUCAUCUCCGAAAGUAUCAGGAAAUGAGCGACGUUGACGGCAUAAUGGCUUCCUCCAUGAAGUCGCUUGCCUUAGCUAAGGCUACGAUUUCUGGCAGAGGAGCUGAUCGUGUCUCCGAGGACGCCAUUCCGCAACCAUCUGACCAAUUCCUAAAUCAAGAGCAUAUUACCGAAAGUGACCCACCGAACAUUCGGAUAUCUGAGAACCCUGACCCGCAAAGGAAGCGUAAGCAUUCUACAUCUUCGAUACCAAAGGAUGAUCCAUUUGGAGACAUUCCGGACUUAUCUGUUGACGAGACUCAAGAGAGACAAAGAAUCAAGUCUGUCAACGCGAAACGGAGAGAAGAUGCCCGUGUCGCACAACAGCUCCAAGAUGAGGAAGCACAUACGGUUACAUCAGGUUCUCAGCCAGUUUCCCAGGAGCAAGGGAAUCCAACAUCUUAUCUCGACGGUCAUGCUUCAUCGGAGCCUUCUAAACUCACUCAGAUGAGAUCAAGCAGCGCUACGACUGAGCCCACUACGAGAUUAUCCUCAUGGGGUGAAGAGAACAAUCCCGCUCCGUCCGAGACUCUUCACCGAGCUGAGGUCGUUAAAGCACAGCACAAGAUCGAGCGCAUCGAGAGAAGAAAAGAAGUUGUUGAGGAAGUCGAGAAAGAGAUCUCUAUUCUUGAAGACCGCGUUGACCCUAUAACUCCCUCGCGACGCCGGAACGUUACUAUCACAUUCUCAUCUCCUGUUGCAUCAGUAAUUCGACCGACCAUUUACGAAGAUGAAAACAGCUCUCAACCUGAAGCAGAGUUCGCCAGCGAUAGUGAAGAUGAUAGCAGUGAAGGAAGUGUUGUGGUCACCAAGAAUCGCAACCGAAAGGCCACGACAACGAUUCGUUCUGCUAUGCGUAGUGCGACCCACCUACAGUCCCUUGGUGGUCACACAUUCUCAACUCGUCCAGUAUCUCGAAUUGAUGAGCGAGAUGAGGACUCCACCAAUGCGGAGAACGAGGUUCGAGACCGAAGUAGCAUAAGUAUCGUUGUUUCAGCCGCUGGCCCUUCAAGAAGAGAGGCAAGCAUGAUUCUGGCCACACCCCGCCCUAGUCACGAAAUCGGGACCCUCACUCUGACACCACUCUCGGAUUUUACUGUGCAUCAUGCAGAUCAAUCUCUAGGCCUUGAUGUCAGCUAUAUGGCCCAGAACCAGCGGUAUGUGAUGGGCGACGAGAAGAAGCUGAAGAAGAAGACCCUCUCUCAUUCGAUCAAGACAUUAAUCGAAAAACUUACAGAAGUUGAGCCAUACGAGCCAUUCUGGGAGCAUCUGAAGAGGUUGGACCUCAAGAACAAAGCAUUAACCAAUCUUCACAAACUCAACGAAUUCUGCGGCGGACUGGAAGAUGUUGACGUCUCCCACAACCGGCUCAGUCAACUUGAAGGCAUUCCUACUACCACUCGACACCUUCGUGUUACUCACAACUGCCUGACUGAAUUGACUGCUUGGGGUCAUCUCAACAAUCUUCAAUAUAUUGACGUUUCGAAUAAUGAUCUGGAAUCGCUGUCAGCAUUCAGGUUUCUUGCUCACCUUAGAGACCUGACAGCCGAUAACAACAACAUAACAAGCCUUGAUGGAGUCGGCCAACUUGAUGGGCUCUUAAAAUUGAGCCUACGACGAAACUCGAUUCGAGCCUGUGAUUUUGCUGGUACCAAGCUGCAACGCCUUACAGAACUGGACUUAGCGAGUAAUGAGAUCAGUGACAUUGGGAAUAUCCAAGAAUUGCAAGGACUUACCACUCUCAAUCUCGAAGACAACCGUCUUGCCGAUCUGUCAACAGGUGGCUCGGAUGCUGUAUGGCCUCUAAGAGACCUAAGAUUAAGUGGCAACGAGUUGACCACCAUUAAUGUUGCUCGAUUUCCGAAUUUGCGUCUCCUCUAUCUUGAUCGAAAUCGUCUUGGCGAUAUUACCGGUCUGUCGCGCACGAGAAAUCUCGAGACUCUUUCUAUCCGGGAGCAAGCAGACGGCUCCAUCCUCGAUUUGUCCUUUCUCAACGAAAUCGUCGAGGUUCGGAAGCUCUUUCUUUCUGGCAACUAUUUGGGCACUUUCGAGCCCGAAGUAGAGUUCAUGAAUUUGCAAUACCUAGAACUCGCCAACUGUGGGCUCAAUUCCUUACCCAGUGAUUUCGGCUUGAUGGUAGCCAAUGUUCGUGUCUUGAACUUGAAUUUCAAUGCUCUCAAAGACCUCAAACCACUCCUGGGAAUUCGCCGCCUAAAGAAACUUCAUUUGGCUGGGAACAGAAUCUUGAGGCUGAGAACUACAGCGCGCGUCUUGCGGAAUUUCCCAUCUCUGACACUAGCUGACAUCAGAGGCAAUCCGCUUACUGUAGGCUUCUAUCCCCCAAUGGAAGAAACUAGGUUGGUUCUCUUAGGAGGCGACAAUGAUGCAGAUGCCUCAGAUCCAUUCGUUCUUGGCAGGGCAGACCGAGAUAGAGAUGAGAAGUACGUACGAAGACUGGACAUGCAAACUAGGAUGCUGCGGCGAACGUUCGAGAUACUUGUUUUGGGUGAUUGUCCGCAACUGAGGAUAUUUGACGGCCUGGAUGUUGACAUGUCUGUGGUGGUCCGCAAGGACAGUACCUGGCAAGCACUAGUCAACGCUGGAGUCUUGCGUCUCCCAUCUUUGGAAGGCUCGGCGCCCGCAGAACAGAGGGAGGAUGAUCUAGCACUCGAAGCUAUCCACGAAGAACAAGCUGUAAGGAAGUCCUUUGGGAGCUCGACAGAGACUUGCGUGGAAACGUGUGCGGAGACUUAUACGGAAGAGCGGAUGGAAAAGACGGUCAGAACUCAUGUUGAGAUUUCGUCAAAGAGUUUGACCGAGGCGUCAGCUGCGACACGAGAUGAGAAGGCGGUUGAAGAACGAUGGCCAGCAGAGGAUUCCUUUGCCUAG